CGUCAAAGCCGCCGGUUGUGCGACCACUGCCAGCUCCGGGAGUGUAGCCACGGCCGUAGCAGUAACAGCAGCAGAAUCGCUGGCGCGUUUUUCCGAAGCGGGUCGUCCGCUUGCCGUUAACCACGUUGUCGUCGUCUUAGCCGUCGGAUUUUAGUGGAACAAGCGCCGUCGUCGACCGGCAGGAAAGCAACACGCCUCAGACACCACCAGCUGAGGUAUCGAAGCACCGAAGUUGUAGAAUAGCAGCUGUAGCAAACAGCUGAAACAGAAGUCGCCGGAUAGCUGCAGCAAAAGCGAUAGCAGGAGCAGAACUCCGGAUUGGUAGGACAACGCACAGCAACGUCAGAUUGGCAGACUCUCGAUUCCGAUGGGCAGUAGGAGCAGCAGUGGCACAAGAAGAAGGUAUUGAGGCUCUCGCUGGACCGUUGUCUAGCUGCGGUGGGUAGCGAAGUUUUUAGCAUUAACGAAUAGAGCAAACGAACGUGGCUAUACCAGCCAGCGCCAAGUUCGAGGAAGUUGCAGUAAGACCGCGGCUGAAGAUAGCGAAAGAUCCGGGCAAGUUGAGUUUGCCUGCAAUCAUCGCUCGAUCAACUGUUAGAAAAGUGCGCAAACAAGGGUUGAGGUGACAGCCGUGAGGGGAUAGCCGGUGUGUGCCUAUCGAACCAACGAAGAAAGACAGAUUACUUCGUCUCCCUUUGCCCAACUCAUUAAAUUCGUUUUCAACGCUUCAAGCCAACAGUUAGUCAUGCACAGCCCGGUUGCGGCUUAAGGUUGACGACUGAAUGCCAAAAGAUUUUGAUUGUUGGAUACAACUCAGAUAUAAAAGUGAGCAGCGAUCUAGAGAGAGGUGGUAAGCCAGAGAGAAAUCUUUGCCUCUGAUUCGAAGUGGCGUUGGCAAAUACAAAUCUGGGCUGGUACCGACUGACCAACCACGGUGGGAUAUUGCUGCAUCCAGCCCACAAUCGCUAGAUCUAUUGUUGGGAAUUCUUCACAAGAAGCUGGGCGUUUGGGUCGGACUGUUUGCCGGCGUCGCGGUGUCGCAAAAAUCUACACAAGUUGUCUGCAUACGUCACCCACCUGUUAUAUUUGCAGCCUUGUGCUUAGGCUCUACCCAAUUGUUAUUUUGUGACUCGUCUGUGUAGUGGAGUGUCUCGCUCUAUGAGUGCCCAAGCGGAGUACUCGACGUAAGGACAACCUAGUAAUCGUUCCUAAAAUUGACUGGUGAUACAUCGAAACUCAUUUGUGCUGGCCGAAGGACAGAAGAGUUAUCCAGAAUGACUUCGAACAACCCUAAAAUCAGACAUCCGAUGGAUGCGCCGGCAUGGCGCGAGGCCGCUAGCCUGAUUGUGGCCUGUAGGGCCCCGAUGGCAGAAGUUGUCGGCAAGGACCUAGCUACAAACAUGAUCGCCACCAAAUGGGCUAACCCGAGCCCCACAGCGAGUGAACCUCCCACAUCACCCAGCAACAGAGUUUCUAGAUGCGACUACAAGGUGUUAAUGGUUAAACGCAGUCAACUUUCGUCGUUUAUGGCAAACGCAUACGUAUAUCCUGGUGGCCUGGCUGAGAAGUCUGAUUUUUCGCUCGAUUGGCUACACGUUUUCGAGAAAUGCGGUGUAAGCUGUUCUCAACUCCGGGAAGAUUUCGUCGAUGCGAUGAAAGAUCCUCGUCCACCGAUGAUCGCUCGACCCGUUACAAUCACGCACAACGAGAAAGAUGUAAGUCUGGACAAUUACAUAUCAGCAUCGGUGGCUUUCCGGAUCUGUGCAAUUCGUGAAGCAUUCGAAGAGACCGGCGUGCUCCUUCUAACACGUUCCCGCAUUUCGAUUGAUCCCAAUAACAACACUACCAGUUCACCGAUGGUUGCAUUUGAGAAGGACAUAGAUCAGAAUAGUUGGAGACAGAAACUUCGCUCAGAACCGCGUGCUUUCAUUGACAUGUGCCUCGAGAAUGGGCUCUGUCCAAAUCUCUGGGCACUUAAAGAAUGGUCCGACUGGCUAACGCCCAUCAGUGUCGGUCAUCGCAGAUACGACACACUAUUCUACGUGGCAUGUUUGGACCAGACCCCUCGCGUAGUUCUUGACCAGAGCGAGGUAGUGACUCUCCGAUGGACUACACCUCUUUCGAUUCUUGAGGAGUACAGCGCCGGUGCAGUGUUCCUGGCCCCGCCUCAAGUGUACGAAAUGUCACGGCUUGCGAGUAUUCCGUCUUACGCUCAUCUCGCACGUUUUGCGCGGGAAAGGGAGUUUUUGGGUGUCGACCGGUGGCUCCCGGUAAUUGGCGCUGCGAGUGAUGGGGUUGUGUCACUUUUGCCAGGGGACGAUUUGUACCCGGCCGAGCCAGACAUCUACGGAAACGGUCCUGGUCCGGAAUUUCCCUUCACCUUGGAAGAGAUGCGGGCUCGCUGCGCAAAUCUCAACAGAAUGGAUGUGCAAGGCCCAUUUGCCUGCGCCCACUGUAAUAUUGAGCCGCCCCGUGGUGUACCUGCUCCCAUAUCUUUCAAAGGCGAAAGCCAGCUCAACUUUCAAUCGAUGCUUUAGGUUUCAAGAGGUCGAUUAUUUUUCUAGGGGUUAUCCUUAGAACGUUUUGCGUAUAUCUAGUACUGCAUUUAUAUAUAAACGUAUACUUCUACACAUGCCUCUAUUAUGUAUAUUGUCCUUAUACAUUUUUCAAGGUGUCACUAUAUUAUAAACAACGAAUAUUUGGAGAUUAAAAGAAGGGAUUAACUGUUCAUACUAGAGAAAUUUAUGAAACGAUUACUGGACUGCAACGUUUGGCUAGUAAAGCCUGCCGUCUAGCAUCAGCCAGCAACGUCGUAGAUAAAUUAACUUCCAUUUUUCCUUCAGAUAUAAGCAUCUUUGCCACUCACAGAGUUUGGGUUCGAGAAGCGGCAAAUGCAAUGCGACACAAUGAUAGAUAAUUUAACAAAACUUAUGUAUGUAAAGCUUAUUAGUAUAUUCGCACUAAUACAUGCGCGAAAUGUUCGUUGGGUCCGUAAUUGCUCUUAAUAUACAAACAUAUGCUAUGAUCUUACCAACCGGUCAAUAUAAUUAGCAAUACUUCCAUGAAAUACUUUAAUGUUUUGAUCGCGUCACCUAUGUUUUCAUGUUUUUUUUUUAUAACGGUGCUAAUACAGGAGCUGCUCGUAAAACUUCAAUACCCAUGAUGGAGACUUUCCAAUAGACAGCCAUGACAAAAGAAAUGUUUGCCUUUUAACAGCAAUUGACUACUCCUUCCUAAUGAUUACUCCGACUGUUGGAAACGCGAAACGUGUUAUUAUUAGUUCUCGAUUGUGGCGAUGAAUGCAGUUGCAAACUUUGUUUUGAAUCAACCCCGGAUUUGUGCCAGAACUCCUUGAGAUCGUUGGAAAGCGGUAAGUACUAGGGCUCACAAACGACACAGGAAAAUACUCAAAAUGUGAGACACCACACGAAUGAUUUACGAUUUGGGUAGUCUGCUUGCAGUAUGUUUUAUAGCUUUGAAAAUAGACAGCGAACUUCGGCGGUGUUACAUCGGAAGCAUCGGAAGAUUUAUUUACUAUUUGGGGCUUAUAUACUGAAACAGCAAAACAAAGCUGAUCGGUGUGUUAAGAACAUUUUUGUCUGCAAUCAAUUUCUCACCCUUAAUCUUUGAUAAAUAGAACAAUCAAGUCGGGUGUCUCCACAGCUAUGCAGUAAUAUAAACGAUAGCCAGAAACGAAUGUGACUUAAUAAUAAUAAUGUGAGAUAAAUGAUAUUAAAAUGAUAAAACAUUCUGGUAGUAUUUCAUUGAUCCGGAUACAAGCAGAGCGUAAAAACAUCAUUAUUGAACUCCUAUUUUUUUCGAACAGCUGUACGAGUAAGUCGAGGUCAUUCGCCGGUUAUAUGAUAAUAUAGGCUACAAUUUUAAUACGAUGCGAAAAUAAAAAAAAAUAUAAACAAUAUAUAAAAACAAAGAAAAUAGCGAACUAUGGCGUGAACAUGUGGCCACUAUAUGAGGUCAUUAUACGCAAUUACUUUUCGCGUGAACAUUUGCUUUUUUGUACAAAGCAAACUUGAAUCAAAUGCUGUUAUGAUUGCUGCAUACAGGAAACUAACUACAAAUGAGACCCGUGAGUCGGACAAUAUUAAAUAAAGUCCAUUUCUUCACAAAGAUAAAACUAUUAAAUCCUUCG